CAAACCCACCUUGAGGAGCAACACAGGGGCAAGGAGAAGCAGGGGCUGGGUGACAGAGAGACACAUAUAAGAGCACAUUGCAAAAAAAAAGGUGCCAGUGGAAAAACAAAUACAUGAUCAGAUAUCUGUGCCUUAAGGGGGGAGAUUGAAGGGUCUACAGAAGACCCAGAAGAUCAGAACAGAGAGAAAGCAGAGGUUAGAUAAGAACUGAGAAGAGAUAACAGACUCACAACUCACAGCAGAAGCUCCAGAGAUAAAUCCAGUAGGCUCAAGACCCCCACGAGAUCUACAAGAAGAAGAGAUCAAGCUCCAAAGCUUAAAACAAAAACAAAAAUCACAAGGAAAACAGAUCAGGCUCCAAAAGGGGAGAGCAAAUUCCAUAGGGGAUCUGUAAGUGGAAGAGAUCAAUCUCCAAAGGGGAUCUGUUACUAGAAGAGGUCAAGAAGACCUUCAAGGGUUCUGCAAAAAAAAAAAAGAAGGAAUCAAGCUCCAAGAAGGAAUCUGCUACAAGAAGAGAUCAAGACUUUUGAGGAGAUCAGCAACAAAAAAGUGGAUCUAGCUCCAAAGAAGAUCUGCUCAAGAGAGUUCGCAAGAGGAGAGUGGACUUGAAAGGGAACUGCUGUCCUGGAAGCAAAGCAGGAGCUGCCUUGGGACUGUGUGUGAGACUUCCAGUGUCCUUCACUUGUCUUCCAGUGGUCUGUGAUCUGCAUUUAGAGCUCCACCUCCAAUACUAUACACCAGGCAGAGCAGCUACAGCUAUAGUCUGCCUUGUGCUCCCUCUUCACUGAACCUCACCAGUUCUUCUGCAGGUUUCCACUCUCAGAAUCUCCUGAGCGCCCCCUGCAGCCCAUCUCUGGUUGUGUUCUGUGUGGCCAGUGCUUGCAACAAGAUCAUAAAGCCUUGAAGACCACCAGAAGUUGUUGUGGGCAAAAGCAGAAGACUUCACACAGCAGGGCAAGGAGGGGGCAAUGUGUGAGAGAGGUGCCCGGAGGAUCUGCCUGUGCCUGGGCUGCCUCUUUCUGCUUGUGUCCCUAGGACUGGCUUGGACAUACAGGGAGGAGGUGGAAGCAGACAGGGAAGUCUGUUCAGAGAGCAAAGUCACCACUACCAAGUACCCCUGUCUUAAAUCUACCGGAGAGCUGACUACCUGCUUCAGGAAAAAAUGCUGCAAAGGAUUUAAGUUCGUCCUCGGACAAUGCAUCCCGGAGGAUUAUGAUGUUUGCUCAGAGGCCCCGUGUGAACAGCAGUGUACAGAUAACUUUGGUCGGGUUCUGUGCACAUGUUACCCUGGGUACCAGUACGACCGGGAGAGACACAAGAACAGAGAGAAGCCAUAUUGCUUAGAUAUCGAUGAGUGUACACUGAAGAAUCAGACGACCUGUUCUCAGAUCUGCAUCAACAGUGUGGGAAGUUACAAGUGCGAGUGUCAUGAAGGUUAUUUCUUGGAAGAGGAUGGUAAAACCUGCACCAGGGGAAAUCAAGGAGAAUUUGAACAAUCCAACAACGUGCUAAAACCAGGAAUUUGCUCGGAUACUUGUAAGGAAUUUAACCAAAUAAAACAGACCGUCUUACAGCUGAAACAGAAGCUGGCAUUAUUGCCGAAUAGCAUUUCUGAAUCCAGCAAACAUAUCACAGCUGAUAAAGUGUUGGCUUCCACCAUGUAUGUUCAGGGACCCCCUGGGUUACCGGGAGCGCAAGGACCUCCAGGUUUACCUGGUCCAAAAGGAAGUGCCGGGCAGCAGGGUCUACCUGGACCACCAGGUCCUCCAGGUCCUCGAGGGUUCAUGGGACCAAUGGGUCCUUCACCAGAAAUAUCUCAUAUUAAACAAGGGAGGAGAGGACCCGUGGGUCCUCCGGGAGCACCAGGGAAGGAUGGAUUGAAGGGUGACCGAGGAGCUCCAGGACCAAGAGGACUUCCGGGCCCCCCAGGUUCCUUCGAUUUCUUGUUACUAAUGAUGGCCGACAUCCGGAACGACAUUGCAGAGCUACAGGACAAAGUGUUUGGACGCCGAUCACAUUCCUCCGCUGAAGAUUUUCCUUUACCUCAAGAGUUUUCCAACCAUCAUGACUCAGUGGACUUUGGUUCUGGAGAGGACUAUAAACAGAGAACUGUGUCAAAGAACCUAAAAACAGACAAAACAAAUCAUCAUUAACCAACGA